AUUUCUCAUUCAUCACGAAAAUCGGUUGCUCGGCUGAUGUUCUCACAUAUUUUAUUGAUAAAAUGCGACGAAACCAGCGUGUUUUACUGAUAAAAUUGUUUCAAAUUAUAGUCCAGCUAUGUGGCUAAGUGGUUCUUAUAUAAAUUGAGUGCGACACUGAGCUAAAAUGUGCGAAAAUCGUACGCGAAAAUAUGAAAAGUAAUCAAAAAUACGUCGUAAAUGGAGGGGGCAAGAGGCUGAUGGCCAAACAUAGCCACAGCGAAAAACGCAAAUAAGUGACACGCAGAACAAGUAGAGAAUGCAAUUAUAUUAAAAAUAAUCAAGCUACAUCUAUAAUAUACAAAACACAAAAACUCAACACAGUGAGCACUACGAAAACAAAUAACAAAUAAAACGACCACUGCACCUGUAUUGGUGUGUGUAUGUAUGCAAAUGUGUGUGCCUGUGUGGGUGCAGCACACACAGUAGCUGGACAGUGUCUGUUGUUGUUGUUUGGGGUGGAAAGCUGCAUAACGCGUGACGUGUGACAACCCCAUACACACACGCUCACCCGUGCACCCACACUCAAAUGCGUAAUUAGGAAGAAAUACAAAAUUGAGAGAGAGAGUCAAAGACCAACAACAACAACAACAAUCAGCAUGAUGGACAACGAUGACACAAUGCUCAACAACUGUGGACCGCAGUCGGGCGCCGAAACGGUCUACGGCACCGAGGACAACAAUAUGGUCAUGUCUGAGAAGAAUGGAGAGGUUGGCAGCAUCGUGCAGCAGCUGGCGGGCAGCAUUUAUCAGGAGUUCGAGCGUAUGAUCAAUCGCUAUGACGAGGAUGUGGUUAAGAACUUGAUGCCAUUGCUGGUGAACGUGCUGGAGUGCCUAGAUGCCUCGUAUCGCAUCAAUCAGGAACAGGAUGUGGAGUUGGAGCUGCUGCGCGAGGACAAUGAACAGCUGGUUACACAAUACGAGCGCGAGAAGAGCGCACGGAAGCAGUCGGAGCAAAAGCUCCUGGAAGCGGAAGACCUGGCCGAGCAGGAGAACAAAGAACUGGCCAGCCGUCUGGAGUCUCUGGAGAGCAUUGUGCGCAUGCUGGAGCUAAAGCACAAGAACAGCGUGGAGCAUGCCAGUCGUCUAGAGGAGCGUGAGGCGGACCUCAAGAAGGAAUAUGCCAGGCUACACGAGCGCUACACGGAGCUGUUCAAGAACCAUGUGGACUAUAUGGAACGCACCAAAAUGCUAAUGGGCUCAACGCACUCACAAAUGAGCACUGCCUCCGAUCGCAUGGAGGUGAUGCGGGCGCGACUCAACCCGGUGGCGCGCAGCUCGGGGCCUGUCUCCUAUGGCUUUGCCUCGCUGGAGAACUCUGUGAUGCUGGACACGGAGACGAUUUGCAGUGUGGGCAGCCAGUCGGAUGAUUCCGGGCCGCCUUCGUUGCAGAACGAACUGGAUAAUUUGGCUGGUACCGUGGAGCGAGGCGCCGCAACAGAUGCGCUGCAGCAACAACAUCAGGCCACCUCGCCGCAGAGUCCCGACAUAAGUCCCGUUGUGCCAAAUGUGCCCGCAAAUGUUGGUCGUUCGACCACCAAGAAGGAGCAACGCUCGGACAACAAUCUGUACCAAGAGUUGUCCUUCCAGGAUAACGAAGAGAGCGAAGAGAAUGAGAUUGUUACGGGCAGCUGGGUACAUCCCGGAGAAUAUGCAUCCUCAGCUAACGACAACUAUUUCGGAAUGGGCAAAGAAGUGGAAAACCUCAUCAUGGAAAAUAAUGAGCUGCUAGCAACCAAAAAUGCACUCAAUAUUGUCAAGGAUGAUUUGAUUGUGAAAGUGGAUGAGCUGACGGGUGAAAUAGAAAUCGUGCGCGAAGAACUGAAUGCGAUGCAACAGUCGCGUGCGAAGCUAAGGCAGCGCAUUAGCGAGCUGGAAGAUGAGCUCAAGAAGACCAAGGAACAGGUGAAACAACAGAACACCGAGCAGGAGGAGAAUGAUGUGCCGCUGGCGCAGCGCAAGCGAUUCACACGCGUCGAGAUGGCCAUGGUGCUGAUGGAGCGCAACCAGUAUAAGGAGCGGCUAAUGGAGCUGCAGGAAGCGGUGCGUCUAACAGAGAUACUACGCGCCUCGCGCACAGUCGACAAUUUGGAUAAGAAGUCGAACAAGAGCCUUUGGAAAUACUUUAGUGAUCUUUUUAACCCCUCCAACCGUCCGACGGAACGCGUCGCUGACGGUCUUGGAGGGGGGCCGAUGUUUCGUCACUCAGGCGGAGGAAGUCCUGCCCACAGCCAUGGAUCACCCAGCCGUGGAGGAAGCGACAAUCGCCUUACCCUAGCUGGCUCAAAGCCGCCGCCGCAUCCGGCCAGCGCCGGUCUUGCCAACGCACUAGUCAUGGCCAAGGACUAUGCAGAGGAGGGCACCUCGGAGCGCAUCAGCGCCAGGCGGCGCGAGCAAUACAGACAGCUGCGUGCUCAUGUGCAAAAGGAGGACGGACGCCUGCAUGCCUAUGGCUGGAGCUUGCCCAUCAACAAGACCAAUCAGGAUGCCAAUCCAAAUCGCCAUUCUGGCGGUGUACCCGUGCCCGUCUACUGUAAUCCCCUAGCGCAGGCAUCGCCACACAUGAAGGUGUUUUGUGCGGCAGGGGUCAAUCUGCAAGGUGGCUUCACAAAGGAUGGCCAAUCGCUUAUUCCCGCCGAUUCGCCCUAUGCGCCACGCUCGACGCUUAAAAUAGCAGAGAUAACCAGUCCAACGGCUGAGCAGAGCGCCGAAGCGCUGGAUCGACAAAUGGCGCGUGCCAGCCUUGAGACCCUGGAGCCCGAGACCCAGCUCAGUUCGUUUGUGUGGAUAUGCACCAGCACGCAUGCCGCAAGCACGGUCAGUGUGGUGGAUGCCAAUCAGUCGGCCACGCUGCUGGAUGCUUUUCCCAUAUGUGCAUCGCAUCUGCUAUGCAUUGCCUCAGUGCAGGGCGCCAUGGAGAGCGACUAUGCGUUGCUGGAGCAAUCGGAAGUGGUCAAGGCGGGUGAGAUGCUGCAGCGGCCAGGUGAGGGCCCCGAGCUGUGUGGCAAGGUGGAGUUUGUGCGUGUGCGACCCAAAUCGGACCAGAACAGCAACAGCAAGCAGAGCUCACAGGAGGGCGAGGAGGUGCCCGCGGCAAUUACAGUCGUUGGCGUGGCAGAGGCCAAAGAGGCUACAGAGAAAUCGAAUGAGCAGCUGCCCGCCGUCGAUGCAGCCGAGCCGCUGGGCAAUGUGGAGGCCAUCAAGAUACGCCAAGCGUUGCCAGGUGCACCGCAGCGACUCUCCUCCAGCAACGCAGACAUUAGCAACAAUCACGUCAACAAUAACAACAGUAGCAGCAGCAGCAGCAGCAAUAAUGUGCAAUUCAGCAUAAAAUCGUUGAAUCCCAUUCUGGGCACCAAAGACCGCGAUGAGCCCUUGAUGAGCUCGGUGGGACCCACCAUGUGGAUGGGCGCCCAGGACGGUUGGCUGUAUGUGCACAGCAGUGUGGGCCGUUGGCAUGAGUGUCUGCACAAGGUGCUCCUGCCCGAUGCUGUGCUGGCGAUAGUGCAUGUGGAGUCGCGUGUUGUUGUUGCGCUGGCCAAUGCUCAGUUAGCCGUGUUCCGCCGCCAAACAGACGGCCAAUGGGAUCUGAAUAGUUAUCACCUGGUUACGGUCGGUGAUCGCAAUCAUUCGAUACGUUGCCUCUGUGUGGCCGGCGAGCGCAUUUGGGCUGCGCAUCGCAACAAGAUCUUCAUUGUUGAUCCCAUAUCGCUAAACAUUGUGCACUCGCUGGACGCGCAUCCCCGCAAGGAGAGCCAGGUGCGGCAAAUGGCGGCAGCAGGUGCUGGCGUUUGGGUGUCCAUACGCUUGGAUUCCACACUACGUCUAUAUAAUACACACACAUUUGAGCACAAACAGGAUGUGGAUAUUGAGCCCUACGUGUCCAAGAUGCUGGGCGCUGGCAAGCUGGGCUUUAGUUUUGUGCGCAUUACGGCGCUGAUGGUGUCCAGCAAUCGCCUCUGGAUAGGCACCAGCAAUGGCGUCAUUAUAUCUGUGCCGCUGACCGAGGUGCAGCAAAAGUCAUCUGACCCCAAUGGGCACAUGCCCCUGUGCUGCAUGGCCAAUGCUCAACUGUCCUUCCAUGGCCAUCGCGAUGCGGUCAAGUUCUUUGUGUCGGUGCCCAUGCUCCAGCAGCCGAAUGGCACGCUCACCUUCAGCAACAAACGGCCCGACAUGUUAGUCAUGUGUGGAGGCGAGGGCUAUAUUGAUUUUCGCAUAAAUGAUAAUGACAUGGAAAACAGUAUUCAACUGGAACCAAAUCAAACAAUCGAAAAUCGUGGCGAUAAAAGCUAUUUGAUUGUGUGGCAUGUUAAUCAGCGUUAAAACUAAAUUGAUUUAAGUAAAUUACAAGUUAUGCGUAUAUAUAAUAUAUAUAUACAAAUCCGACCCAAGCAGUUACAAGUUUUUGCAGGCUAGAAAAAAAAACAGAUAUCUUUACCUUAAUUUAGUUUUUAAAGCUCCCAGCUUAUUUACAGUACAAUGCGUCAGAGCAUUGCCAAGAGCAUAAGAUAGAUAUAUAUAAAUAUAUAUAAUUGGAUAACAACCGAUUUUGGUUAGGCAAACAGACUUGUGCUAAUACUUAUGCUUCACAUUACUAGCUUCAUACUUAAAUAUUAAUAUUUA